CUAGAUUGGAUGUUAAUACGCAGGUAUAUAAGGGUCUGGACAUCGUUACCGCCAAGGUGACCAAGGAAGAAAAGCAAAUGGCGGUUCAUCACAUGCUGGACAUAGUUGAUCCUCUCACCUAUUUUUCCGUCAUCGACUUCAGGGAUAUGGUGCUACCGAUUGUGGACGAUUUGCUAUUGAAGAAGAAGAUGCCGAUCGUCGUUGGUGGUACGAAUUAUUACAUAGAGUCUGUACUUUGGAACAUACUUGUUUCGAAAGCGAAAAAAAAUUCUCAAAACGAGAUGGAUCAAACGAAAAUGAUUUUAAGCGAUAACGACAAGAAAAAUAGAGAUGGGAACACACAGGAAACGUUGGAAAGAAGUGAAACGGAAGACGAGUCUUCGCCUUCAAAGAAGAUGAAGAUCGACGGGUGGACGAGCGAGGAGACGAACGAGGUGCUAUAUCGUAGAUUGGCCGAAAUUGAUCCGGAAAUGGCACAGCGAGUUCAUCCUAAUAAUAGACGGAAGGUUAUAAGAUCUUUGGAAGUCUUCGAGGAGUACGGAAUUACGCAUAGUGAGAUUUUAAAAACACAACGAUUGGCUGGUGGUUCAGGAUUGGGUGGUCCCUUGCGUUAUCCUAAUUCAAUUAUUUUAUGGCUUCGUUGCGAUAAGAAAAUUCUUGAUGAGCGGCUAAGUCAAAGAGUCGAUUCCAUGAUCCAAGCUGGUUUGGUAGACGAGCUACUCGAUUUUCAUCAUAGGUACAACGAACAAAGGAUUAAGUCCAACACGUCACCUGAUUACACGAAAGGCGUCUUCCAGAGCAUUGGCUUCAAAGAGUUUCACGAUUACCUCAUAUUACCAGAAGAGGAGAGGGCAAGCGAGAAGGCAGAGAAGCUACUUAAACAAGGUCUCGAGGAUUUGAAAAUGGUUACAAGAAGAUAUGCUAAAAAUCAACAAAAAUGGAUUAGGAAUCGCUUAUUGCGUCGAACCGAUAGACAGGUACCACCAUUGUAUGUAUUGGACUGCACCGAUUUGACUCAAUGGAAAUCUAAUGUUUUUGAUAAAGCUGUCUCAAUAAUUUCUACGAUAUUACGAGGCGAAAAACCAGAAGAAAAACCUAUUAAUGAAAAUGUCGAGAAUCAGAAAAGUACUGAUAGCAGUAAUGAAGUGCAACAUUAUUGCGAAAUUUGUGAAAGAAUAUUCAUUGGUGAAUUGCAAUGGAAUUCACAUAUAAAUGGAUUAAAGCAUAAGAAAAUUUUGCAACGCAUGAAAAGAAUGGAAAAACAAAAUUCCGGAAGUUAAAUACUCAUUAAUUGAUACCAGAUUUCAUUGA